AUGUCUACAAAGCCCACGAAUACGCCAAUAGAAGGGGAAACGGAGGUCCUUUCUCACAUGCCAACCAAGGAUAGCAUCAUGGUCCCUAUUCCCCGGGAUACGUUUGAGAAGCUCUACCUGACUCCUAAGAUGCCCAUUGCAGGAAGGCUGCGGCAGACAUUUGGAAACCCAACCCCAAUCUCACUAAUGGGGUUCUUGGUAUCUGCAACGCCUAAUGCAAUGCUCCACAUGGGCUGGAGAGGCGCUGGUGGUGAUGGAGGGGCCAUCCUGUAA